UCUUAACCAAACAUGGUUCUCUAUUUUGCAAUAAACAGGCCUUGCUGUGUGUAAACUCUACCUGGUCUCAUUGCUGGAGCAGAGACAGGCGCCUUGGAAUGUGAAGAGACAAGAAUCAGGAACCAUGUACCCAGAAAAUCUUUGUGACAGUAAUGACUCUGAAAAAGCCUUUGAUCAACACACAAAACUUAGCAUCCAUCAAUGUGCGCAUAGCGAAGAGGAGCCAUACAAACAGAAAGACCGUGGCAAAGCUCUCAUUGACGAUUCAGCUUCUGAUCAGCAUCACAGGAUACACAAAGGAGAUUUGCCCCACAAAUGUAAAGAUUGUGGUAAAGCCUUUAAAUACCGCUCAAUCCUCUACCAACACCACAUAAUUCAUACUGCUGCGAGACCCUACAAAUGCAAAGAAUGUGACAAAGCCUUCAAGAGAAGAAGAAACCUUACACAGCACCAGCUGACCCAUAAAAGAGAGAAGCCAUACAAAUGUCAGGAGUGUGGCAAAGCCUUUACUACGCAUUCUACACUUACUCAGCACCAAACAAUCCACACUGGAGAGAAACCCUACAAAUGCAAAGAAUGUGGCAGAGCCUUUAAAUAUAAUUCAACCCUUACUCAGCACGAAGUCAUUCAUACUGAAGCAAAACCCUACGCAUGUCUGGAAUGUGGCAAAGCCUUCAAGAGAAGUCACACCCUUAGUCAACAUCAGAUCAUCCAUAAAGGAGAGAAACCAUACAAGUGUAAAAGAUGUGGGAAGGCCUUCAGUAAACACUCAUCUCUUACUCAACACCAAGUAAUUCACACCGGAGAGAAGCCCUAUGAAUGUAAGGAGUGUGGAAAAGCCUUCAGAUACCAGUCAACCCUGACUCGACACCAAAUACUUCACACUGGGGCGAAGCCCUACCAAUGUCCAGAGUGUGGCAGAGCCUUCAAUAACAGUUCAACCCUCACUCGACACCGGGUUAUCCACACGGGACAGAAACCCUACAAAUGCCAGGACUGUGGCAAAGCCUUUUACUGUUCCUCAUUCUUGAUCCAGCACAUGAAAACUCAUUUUGAAGAGGUUCCCUACAGAUGCAAAGAGUGUGGCAAACCCUUCAGGCUUUCCUCACAGCUUAUUCGACACCAGAGAAUCCAUACCGGAGAGGAACCUUACAUAUGUAAGGAGUGUGGCAAAACCUUCAAAUACCACUCAAACCUGACUCGACACCAAAUACUUCACACUGGGGCGAAGCCCUACCAAUGUCCAGAGUGUGGCAGAGCCUUCAAUAACAGUUCAACCCUCACGCGACACCGGGUAAUCCACACGGGACAGAAACCCUACAAAUGCCAGGACUGUGGCAAAGCCUUUUACUGUUCCUCUUACCUGAUCCAGCACAUGAAAACUCAUUUUGAAGAGGUUCCCUACAGAUGCAAAGAGUGUGGCAAACCUUUUAAGUGUUCGUCACAGCUUAUCCGACACCAGAGGAUCCACAGUGGAGAGAAGCCCUACAUUUGUAAGGAGUGUGGCAAAGCCUUCAACUGCACUUCCUACCUUACUAAGCAUCAGCGAAUCCAUACUGGGGAGAAACCCUAUGUGUGUAAAGAGUGUGGCAGAGCCUUUAACUGUUCUUCCUAUCUCUCUAAGCACCAGAGAAUUCAUACUGGAGACAGACUCUACGAAUGUAAAGAGUGUGGCAAAGCCUAUCACUUUUCCUCACAGCUUAACCGACACCAGAGGGCCCACACCGGAGAGAAGCCCUACAUGUGUAAGGAGUGUGGCAAAGCCUUCAGCUGCUCUUCGUACCUUAAUAAACACCAGAGGAUCCAUAUUGUAGGGAAACCCUAUGUAUGCGAGGAGUGUGGCAAAGCUUUUAACUGUUCUUCAUACCUUGCUAAGCACCAGAGACUUCAUACUGGAGACAGGUUAUACAAAUGUAAAGAGUGUGGCAAAGCCUAUCACUUUUCCUCACAUCUUAACCGACACCAGAGGGUUCACACCAGAGAGAAGCCCUACAUGUGUAAGGAGUGUGGCAAAGCCUUCGUUACGUCUUCCAGCCUGAAACGGCACCAGGACACGCAUAUGCAAGUGAAACCCAACAGUGGAGAGAAUUUGCCCAAGCCUCGAUAGUGAGGUAUUUGUCACUGGAUAGUUCAUAGAGGAGAAAAAAAAAACCCUACACAUGGAGUUCCAGGUUUUAACAACUGCUGAAUCUUUUCUUCACACCAAAAGGUUCAUACAUGCAGGAGACACUACAAGUGUGAGAGACUCAGCAAAACCUUUAACAGGUGUGUAGCUGUUAUCCCAU